AGAGCCAACACACAUUUAGUCGGGUUUUAUAUGUUCGACUGUGAUGUAGUGUUUUCAAAAGAAAAGGCACAUAAAUACAAAUAUUUCGAUAAAACGAAGCGUUUAAAAUAAAGAGAAACAUAAAAUUGAAAAAAGAAAAAAAUUCAACAAAUUUGUUGAAGUCACUUUAGAAAUAUUAAAGUGGAAUUUUGAAAUUGAAACAGUGAAACUUGGUGUCAGAGUGAGUAGUGUCUUAGAGUGAUUGUAAAUUGGGAGACAGAUCUUUCCAUCUAAACUAACCAUCAAAACGGUCAUUAUUACUCUAGAGAUAAUAAUUGUUCAGUUUUUUUUUCAUCACCCACUUAAAACAUAACUGCUAUUGCGUUGCUUAAAAUAUUCCAUAAAAAUCAUUUGAAUGACUAUUUGGCCAUUUAGAAAAAAUAAUUAUACUUUGAUUAAAGAAUAUUUAUCAAUAUAAGAAAAAACAAAAUUUCAAAAAGAAAAAAUAAUAAAAAAAACAAAAAUAGUAAAAGUUAAAAACAAAAGAAUGAAGAACAAAGUGUUAUUUUUCUGAUAAAAUCAUUAGAAAGAAAAACGAAACCUUAAAAAAUAUUCAUAUGCAAAUAAAUUAAAAAAAAAAACAAUAGUGAAUCUACAAAUCAAUCGAGCAUAAAAAUAACAAUUCUGAAUCAACACCCAUAACAACAAAAACAACAUUCAUACAAAAGAUUUGCAUCUAAUAAGUGCGAAUAUUUGUGGAUUUUAUUUGUACGAAAGGAAAAAACAAAUCAACUGUAAUUUUCACAACAAAACUGAAUUGUUUAAAAUACAAAAUUAAGCAACAUCAUAUUUAGCUAAUCAUAUUUUAUAUACCGGUGCUAAUGGGUUUUCAAUCAACAAUUUCAUAAAAAUAUCCACAAAAAUACAUAAAUAUGUAAAUUAAUAAAAUAAAUAAUAAAGAAAAGCAGCAACAAAUUGUAACAAUACUAAGUGAUUCGUGAUUUGAUUUAAAUGGUGCAAAUGCACAACAUUUUAUUUCAAUGUGGAAAAUAUUGCAAAAUCUGAAAAACAAGUUAAAUAGAAAUUUUUAAAUAAAUGAAAUUAUUUUUAAAAAUAAUAAUACUAAAAUAAAUAAUAAUAUUAUAGUAAAUAUUUAUUGGAACGUGCAAAAUUAAAAAAACAAUAUAUAAAAUAAUAAAGAAAUAGCAAACCAAACUCAACUUAACGAAAUCAUACCAAAAAGUUGUACCUUAAAGGUGUUGUUGCAGUCGGUUGGUUGUAUGUGCUAUAUACUCGUACUCUCCCGUUAAAAAUUUAAAGUUAAAAGAAAAAAACUUAAAAUAUGGCUGUAAAUAAUAGAAAACACAUUGGCCAACAAUUAUGGCCACACCGUGAACACAAACACCAUCAUAAUAAAUACCAACCAAAUUGGCCAACCAAUUGGUCAACAGCGCUUUUGGUUGUUUUUUCCAUUUUGUAUUUAAGCUGCCUUUUACAAUUUACCUCAGCACAUGUAGCGCUUACGUAUCCACCUGCGCGCAAAUACGAUUUAGAUUUUUUGGAUAAUUCACGUACAAAAGGACCCUGUGGUAUGCCGAAAGGAUCGAUUCGUACAUCUUUAUUAUCAGGGUCCAAGUUUAAUGUCACCUGGCAUUUGGCGUAUCCCCACAAAGGAGGUUUUCGCCUACAAUUAUUAGAUCCACUUGAUCGUCCUUUGGUAGAUUUAACACCUCAAGUAAAUGGUUCCGAGUUUGUGAGAACUGAUGCAACAGCCCAAUCAUAUCAAGUUACAUUACCGAGUGACUUCGAUUGUCACAACUGUACAUUGCGUUUAUUGCGUCAAGCCGAUGAAUGGUCUAGCGGCUAUAGGUUUUGGUCGUGUGCCGAUGUUGAUAUUAAACAACGUAAGGCAUUUAAAGAAACAUGUUCUGGUAAUGGCAAAUAUUUUCCCUCACGCUGCAAAUGUGAAAAAAAUUUCUAUGGACCACAGUGCCAAUACAAAGAUGAAUGUGCUAACAAUCAAGAUUGUGGUAUUCAAGGAAAAUGUAUAGAUUUACAAGGAACAUCGCUGCCGCGUAAACAAUGUUAUUGUAAUUACGGCUGGUAUGGGGCGGGAUGUAAUAAAAGAUCGCCAUACAAAAAUACAGAUUUUGACUUGAGCGCUUAUACAAUGAAAGAAUUGUCACCUGAUUAUAAAGUAUACUGGCGCUUGUUGGAAGAACAAAAAGAAAUUGAAGUUGUUUUAAAGGUUAACAGUACUACAUGGGUUGGAUUUGGUUGGAGGCCACGUUCAUUGACAAAAGAAUGCAAGAACUUCCCCCUAAUAAAAGACAUUGGAGAUUUGACUACUAGCUUGAAAGUAUCCGCAUCUGCUGAGCCAGAACCUUCUUCUGAACCAGAACCAAAAUCUGAACCGGAACCAUCUUCGGAACCGGAACCAAAAUCUGAACCUGAACCUAAAUCUGAACCAGAACCAAAAUCCGAACCCGAGCCUACAUCCGAACCAGAACCAAAAUCAGAACCUGAACCCAAAUCGGAACCAGAACCAAAAUCCGAACCCGAGCCUACAUCCGAACCAGAACCAAAAUCAGAGCCUGAGCCUACAUCCGAACCUGAACCAAAAUCAGAACCUGAGCCCACAUCAAAAUCAAAACGUGUUGCUAAAAAUGAGAAUCCCUUAGCAAUGGAUGGUGUGACAUCAGUUGCUACAAGUGUUUCCUAUCGAGUUAGUGCCUCCACUGGUCGAAGACGUCGGGACGUAUCAGAUACAACUGAAUCUAUUAACCAUUUUGAACACGAGCCACAGUCAAAUCCUGAGCCCAGUGCAGAACCAGAGCCAAAAUCUGAGCCUGAACCUAAGUCCGAACCAGAACCAAGCUCAGAACCUGAGCCAAAAUCUGAACCCGAACCAAGUUCAGAACCAGAGCCAAAAUCUGAACCUGAACCAAGCUCAGAACCAGAGCCAAAAUCUGAACCAGAGCCAAAAUCUGAACCGGAACCAAAGUCUGAGCCAGAACCUACAUCCGAACCUGAGCCAAAGUCGGAACCCGAGCCUGAAGCCAGGUCGGAACCUGAACCAUCUUCUGAACCGGAACCCAAAUCGGAACCUGAGCCAUCUUCUGAACCAGAACCCAAAUCGGAACCUGAGCCAUCUUCUGAACCGGAACCCAAAUCUGAACCAGAACCUAAAUCUGAACCGGAGCCAAAAUCUGAUCCCGAGCCUAAAUCUGAACCAGAACCAAAAUCAGCUAAGAAGACUGUUGCUCCUCAAUCCACAGAGUCAGACUCUAAAAAAUACAAAUUAAAUCCCUACACUCCCAUUCAUGAUUUUAAUCCCAUGGAUUGUACGGAUAUUGUUAUCGGUUCUGCACGUGGUAUGGCAAGUCGUGUGGGUGACUAUUAUACUCGAGAUAGAUCAACACCACGUCACGAUGAAUUCUACGGCGGUAAAAGUGAUUUAACUCUCGCUACGGGCUUUGAAAAAGAUGGCGUGACCACAAUAAUUUUUCGUAAAAAACUUGUUGCCACAGAACCAACAGAUCACACUUUGGACGAUGGUUUCACUCAUGUUAUUUGGGCUAAAGGUCAAGAAACUGGUAAAUACGUUCAUAUCCCUGCAUCUGGCAUUGAAACUGAAAUGUCUUCCGUAAAGGAAUUCUAUCAACCCGAUGAGUUGAAAUAUCACGGUCAUAAAAUGCAACGCGGAGUUACACAAAUAAAUUUCUUCGAAAAAGAAAAAACGAAAAGUAGCGACAGCGGAGAUGACAGCAAUAUUUUGGAUAACGACUGCUAUGGUCAUUGGAAAUAUCCCUCAAAUUGUUCACCUCAAAAUCAUACAUGUCAGUAUUAUGCCUCAUGGGAGACUAUCGGACACGGUGAUGAUAUGCGUUGGCAUAUUGAAACGACCAAUACCCAAACAUGGACCGGCAUUGGUUUUAGUAACGAUGAAAAAAUGUCUCAAACUGAUUCAAUUAUUGGUUGGGUAGAUCGUAAUGGACGUCCCUUCCUAAUGGAUACUUGGAUUAAUGGUUAUUCAUCACCAAAAUUAGAUGAUCGUCAAGAUAUUUUUGAUGCUACGGGACGUAUUGAAAAAGGUGUUACCAUCUUGGAGUUUAGCAGGAAACGCAUUAGUAACGAUGAGCAGGACUUAUCAUUUACUGACGAUCAUUGUUUGUAUUUGUUCUUCCCUGUAUUGGGUGGUGCUUUUAACGCAGUCAAUAAAAAAAUACGUAAACACGAAUCGAUUCCUCCAAUAUCGCCCACUCGAGUGUGCAUCAAAUCAUGUGGCAAAGAACUUGAACAAAUAUUGAAUGUUGCAACAACACCGUCUCCCAAUCGUUUGGUCUAUGCUGUAGGUGUCAAACUUAUGAAUCUGGCCGAAUCGUUUGAAGCUCCAAAACCGGGCACUGUUGAAUUUAAAAAUCUUGCUGCAACUAUAUCAGAUUCCUUUAAUGGUAUACUCAGCGAUAUUCCCGGUUAUUAUAAGACCGAUAUCUUGAGUUUUGAAAAGGAGGGUGCUACAUCUAUGAUUGCUAAUCUUCAAGCCAUGUUUGAUAAAGAUGAAUAUGAAAAGGGUCACGCUUUGGCUACGAAUACCAUACCAGAGGAUAUAAAAGAGACUGCCAUGAAAAAUGGAGAUAUUGUAAAAACGGCGCUUUUGGAUAAGAUUGCAUCCGGUAAAGUUGGUUCUCUUACAGUUGAUCCACAAUUCCUAGAUUUCCAAGCUCUAGAAUAUAAAUCGGUGGAUAAUUCCGAGGACACAAAACCAUCAUUUUUCGAAUUGUCAGAAGUACGUUUGUACACCGUUUUAGGUCUAAUUGCUGCUCUGGUCUUUAUAGCUUUAAUUCAGGCCUCGUGUACAAUCUACAAGACUUCCAAAAAGAAUAAGUCAAAUAAGGAAAAUCUUAUUAAAAAUUCACCAUGGAAAGAAUACUCAUCAAAUACCAAUUACGCUUUUGAUCCUUAUGGGGAAACGGAAGAAAAAACUAUGGCAACAGGUACAGGAUCGACACAAAAAGAUAAAUCACGCAAUCAACGUUCAACUUCAAAUAGUCAACAGACCACAUUGCAAAUGUCACAUUCACCCACUAGCAAAUCUCAAUUGUAUUACGACAAUGCUGCCAAUGGAAGCAGUGGAAAUGGAGUGACACGUAGCAAUGGUAAUGCUACGACCAACAUGCAAGAAUAUCGUAGCAAUGGUCGUUCACAACAACGCAAUGGAAAUGGCAAUGCUGCCAGUUCCGGCCACAAUGGCAAUAACAGUCAUUAUGAUCGCUACGAUCGUAGUGAUCGCAAUGAACGCAGUGAACCCCAACAGCAUCAUCAGCAAUCAUCAUCAGGUUAUUCUAGAAAUUCCUAUGCUGAUCGUGCCUAUUCAUUGCCACGUCAACAACAUCAACAACAAUCAAAUAUGCAACCAUCGGGUUAUUACACACAAGAUCGUCGUGAUCGCAGCGCCCAAAGACAAACAGCCCACGAUGAUCGUCGUCAAUAUCGUGAUAGAUCACGGGAAGACCCUCGUUUAGUAUCGAAUGGUGGUGCUGAUACUCCCGACUUUUAUUUCAUGCCUUCGCAGCGUAAAUAUUCGGGCGAAGUUGUACGAGUAUACGUUGAUUAUAAUAAGGAUCCAAAACAUUAAGAAUAAAGAAACGUUAAAUAAUAAGAACGGUAUGAUUGAUUAAAUUGAAAAUUCAUACAAAUAGGUUAAUUACUAUAAAAGGAAUAUUUUUAACAUUAUUUAUCACAUUCGUAGAAACAAAAGUCCGAACUUAUUAAAUCUUAAUUAAUUUAUUUAAAAAUCAAAAUACUCAAUCUGAAUUAUACUAAAUUAAACUAAAAAUAGUAAUUGCUUGUUGCCAUAAUUAAAAAAAAUAUUUAAAAGAUAAUGUAUAUUUUUUGAAAAUUUUUCCAUUUUCGGAAUCCUUCAGAUAUUGAGUCCCAAUUCCUAAUUUAAAAAGUGUUUAGUAAUGGAAACCAAGUUAGAAUUAUAAAAUAAAAAUAAACUGUUAACAAUUUCAAUUUCCUUGUGUAUUUAAUUUAAACAAUCAUACUUGACAACUUUAAAACUCUAAUUCAAAACUGUCCCUCGAAAUUCAUAAAUUAUUUUUUCCAUAAAGUACAAUAUACAUAUUUAAGAUUUGGUGCAAAAACAAGUCACACAAAUUAGUUUUUUCACAAUCAAUCAUUUCAAAUAAAUAAUAUUGCAUAAUUUUUUAGAUUGUAUUAAUUUCUUUAUUAACGUUUAAAGAAAAGAUAAUUACUUUUUUUCUUAAAUUCUUUCCAUGUUUUCAUAAACAAUUU